UAUAGGUCGUGGCGGAGAGUGGUCCCAAACCCCUAAACUUUUGGUGGUCCGCAGGCAUCGCUUCCGAUCAAGAACCACCGUCGAAGAAGCCGGCAAGAGAACCGACCUCGAUUAUGCAACUUCCAGAUGACUUAGUAUUGAGUAGCUUAGCCCGGGUCUCGAGAUUGCACUAUCCGAUUCUCUCGCUCGUCUCCAAGACCUUUCGAUCUCUCACUUCUUCACCGGAGCUUUACCAGAAUCGGUAUCUCUUAAGCCGCACCGAGAACUGUCUCUAUGUGUGUUUACAGUUUCCUACCGAGCCUAACCUUCGUUGGUUCACUCUCUGUCGGAAACCCGACAAAAUAACUAAUCAAAUCUGUAAGAAGAGGAAGAAGAAGAAGAAGGAGACAUCAUGGCAAUGUAAUGUUUUGGCUCCGGUUCAGAUUCACAACUCUCCUUCCGUGGAAUGGUCAAAUCUAGUAGCUGUUGGUCAUAAGCUCUACGCCGUCAGCGAUGCCCCUUCCUCAUCCAACGUCUUCUUCCUCGACUGUCGAAUGCACACGUGGAGAGAAAAGAUUCUAUUGUUAUCUAUCCACUGGAGAGUUUCUUGGUCUAACAGCGAAACAGAUGGUUGGGAGAAAGUGGAUGGUUUGGAAGGACUGCCUAAGUUUUCCCGUUAUAGCAAUGUUAAACUGGUUAAUUGUGGUGGGAAGUUGGUGGUGUUUUGGGAUAAGUAUGUGCCUGCACCUGGUGGGUAUAAGGAGAAGAUGAUUUGGUGUGCUGACAUUUCCCUGGAAAUGCGCGGAAGUGAAGAGGUUUGGGGAAAGGUCGAGUGGUUCGAUGCUGUGCUUAAAGUACCCAAGUCUUAUAAAUUCGUGUAUGCUAAAGCUGCUACCCUUUGAUUAACGACUCAUGAGACAGGUUUAAGGGAAUGAAUCUGGUUAUUUUUUGUUAGUACUUAGUAUGUCAUGUUUCUUGUAGAUGAUUAAGCGUAUUUUGUAACUGUCU